CUUUGCACUCUUUACAAAAACUUGCUCACACCUACAUUUUUUGUUGUUUCACUUUGUUUAGCCAUUAAGAUCAGUUGUAUUCACCGAACGCUUGCGAGUGGAUGAAAUUAUUUACAUAAAUCAGUAUGCAGAACGUUGGCACUUUACGUGGAAAGACAUUAUUUAUUACGGGUGCGUCUCGAGGAAUUGGUAAAGCAAUCGCACUGAAAGCUGCGCGGGAUGGUGCAAAUGUUGUAGUAGCAGCCAAAACAGCUGAUCCACAUCCGAAGCUGCCGGGCACUAUUUACACAGCCGCAGAAGAAAUUGAAAAAGCGGGCGGUAAAGCAUUACCAUGUGUGGUUGAUGUACGCGAUGAAGCCCAAGUACGUUCGGCCGUGCAGCAAGCUGUUGCUAAAUUUGGUGGUAUUGAUAUUCUAGUCAACAAUGCCAGUGCGAUAUCCUUAACAUCUACUUUAAAAACUGAUAUGAAACGUUACGAUCUCAUGAAUGGCAUUAAUAGUAGAGGCACGUUUUUGGUUUCAAAAGAAUGCUUACCUUAUUUGCUGAAGAGCAAUCAUGCACAUAUUUUGAAUAUUUCACCACCUCUGACGUUAACUCCGCGUUGGUUUGCUUCAAAUGUGGCUUAUACAAUAGCUAAAUACGGUAUGUCUAUGUGUGUGCUGGGCAUGGCGGAAGAGUUCAAGGAGCGAGGAGUGGCAGUUAAUGCGUUAUGGCCUCGCACAACAGUACACACUGCUGCAAUUGAGAUGUUACGUGGUUCCGAAGGUGCUAAAUAUUCUCGCAAGCCGGAUAUAAUGGCCGAUGCGGCAUAUGUAAUACUUUCUCGUAAACCUAGUGUGUCAACGGGUAACUUCUACAUCGAUGAUGAAGUACUGAAUGAAGUUGGAGUAAACGAUUUCACGCAGUAUGCUUGCUAUCCAGAAAACGCAGAUAAGCUGGAGCUUGAUGGAUUUUUACCAGAUGAUUACUAUAAAUCUAAAUUGUAAAAAUUAAUAGUAAAAGUUGUAUUUGAUGCAGACUUUUUUAAAUAUACUCACAUACAUAUAUUAAAAUUUA